AAGCGAGCUCGGUCAAUCGCACAAUCCCGGGGAAGGGGGGGGGGGGGGGGAGGACAGCGAUGCCAACACGUUUGUCAUCGCACACAGUGAGCCGAACAUUGUUCGACCAGCCUCCUGCGCCGCUGAGAGCAGUCGGUGGCGGUGGCCCCCUCGUGUCGCCCAAUGAGGUGGGGCUGCUGCCCGCAGUUUGCUUGGCCGCAUUGCCGUCGUUUCCUGCUGGAUGGCGCGCCGAGGACCACGCCAGAGAUUGCCCGACAUGAUGCCCGAGAUUGCCCGAGAUUGUUGCAGAUGGCGCGCCGAGCACCACUCCCCACCUGCCGCAGCCCCUCCCGCCCGACAGCCUAUGAGGACCACUCCGCGCUCUUUCUGAUCCGCCGUGAGGAUCACACACCGGCAGUUUGAGAAUAUCUGAGGCUGUGCUCUGCGAGCUGCGAUCGCCCUCCGGGCCACCCCUUGGACCACACAUCUGAGCACACCUCACCCCGCCCCCCCGCCCCGCCGCCUCGUGUGCAGGCGUUGCGGCGCGGGCGAGCCGCGCCGCGGAGCUAGGAGAGAGCAGCCGGCGAUCACGACGAGCAGGCGUUGCUGCGUGUCGCUCUUGACUUCGAUCGACACGCUUCCUGCACGCUUCACGCGUGAGCCCAGCGCCGAGGCCCAACGUGCGCAGUUGUGUGUGUACAGUAUGGACUCAAUUUCGGACCCGGAGUAUGGGGGCAUGGCCAUGGGCAGAAAAAUUAGAUAUUCUUAU